UACAAUGUGGAGGUCAUCAGGGCACAGUACAAUGUGGAGGUCAUCAGGGCACAGUACAAUGUGGAGGUCAUCAGGCACAGUACAAUGUGGAGGUCAUCAGGGCACAGUACAAUGUGGAGGUCAUCAGGGCACAGUACAAUGUGGAGGUCAUCAGGGCACAGUACAAUGUGGAGGUCAUCAGGGCACAGUACAUGUGGAGGUCAUCAGGGCACAGUACAAUGUGGAGGUCAUCAGGGCACAGUACAAUGUGGAGGUCAUCAGGGCACAGUACAAUGUGGAGGUCAUCAGGGCACAGUACAUGUGGAGGUCA